AUGGCAUACUACCCCGACUGGGCGGCAGACGCGUUCCCCCCGGAGAAGAUCGACUUCGGGCGGUUCGACUGGGUCGACUUCGCGUUCGCCGUACCCGGCGCCGACUUCAACCUUACAUGGGACGGCUCCGACGACGCCCCCGACCUCCUACGGCGUCUAGUCAGCCGCGCGCACGCGAAGAAUAAGAAGGUCAAGCUCAGCGUGGGCGGCUGGACAGGAAGCAGAUACUUCUCGGCCGCGGCUGCGUCCCCACAAACACGCGCGGCGCUCGCAGGCAACAUCCUCGCGCUGUACACGCAGUUUGGGCUCGACGGGAUCGACCUCGACUGGGAGUACCCUGCACAGGACGGCGCAGGGGGCAACCUCGUCAGUCCGAACGACGGCGCGAACUUCCUCGCGUUCUUGCGUGUGCUCCGCGCGACGCUCCCGCAAGGCGCGGUCAUCACCGCCGCAACGCAGACGGUGCCGUUCGCGGGCGCGGACGGAGAGCCAAUGCAGGACGUUUCUGCGUUCGCGGAGGUGCUCGACUGGGUGCUGCUCAUGAAUUACGAUACGUGGGGCUCUUCGGACACGCCUGGCCCCAACGCACCCCUUGGCGACGCGUGUAGCAACUCGACGCAGGGCAGCGCGAGUGCGCUUGCGGCGCUCCGCACGUGGACGGCUGCGGGCUUCCCCGCGUCCCAACUCGUGCUCGGGGUUCCCUCGUAUGGGUACAUUUCGCGCACGUCUGCCGCACUCCUCCGCACGCGUGGCCAAUCCAUGCGACGCACAACCCUACGGCCUUGGCGGUUUCACAAGCGAAGACACAACGGUGUACGCAAAACACGGCGGCACCGCGUCCUGGAAUGGGUGGGUGCGCUGGUGGACAAAACGAACAUCCUCUCUACCGGCUCCACCCUGGUCCAUAACGAGGACGGCGGCACAGACAACGGCCAGGUCCAAUUCCGCGACCUCGUAGCCCAAGGGGUCCUCCAGCCCUACCUCAGUAACAACACCUCCCCUAGCACCCUCAGCGCCCUUCGCUCAAAGAAGACGGACGAGAACGCGGAGGGGCGGCGACUGUUCGCGGGCGGGGGCGGGUUCGAGCGGUUAUGGGACGCGUGCUCGAGCACGCCGUUCCUGCGGUCCGCCGGCGCGCGGCAGGUCAUCACAUAUGACGACCCGGUGUCACUCGAGAUGAAGGCGCAGCUCGCGCGCGCGGCGGGCAUGCGCGGCGUGAACCUGUUCGACAUCAGCGGGGACACGGACAACUGGGACCUCGCCGACGCGCUGCUCCGCGGCCUGGGCGUCAAGUAAAGGCCGUCUGGGUACUAAAGACUUGGGCCCACUCGUUUGACAUUGUGCUGUGCAUACUUAUGAAAGCCUGGCGCUACGAAGGGGGAGGAGGACUAGGCGAACAGGGCCGAACGUGCGCUGGAUGCACAUAGCACUAACGACUCUACUUGUGGAUGCCGACUUGCAAAUGCAAUAUGCUGCGAGCAGGAUGUGCUUUGUU